ACAAUCUAGCUUUAAAUUACAUAGGUAAUCAUGCCAGCCAAAGUUAAAAUCAGCAUUCCUUUUUUUUAGAUAAGGGGCCAAAUUCAAAUAUUAGAUCCUAGGAGAUUCAAGCUUUUAAAUUAUCAAAAAAAGGCCAAGCUAUUUUUUUUAAAAUAAAAAUUAAUACAUAAUUGUGUUUGGUUACCAGCUGAUUUCCAGUGUGUACACACCACAAAACCGGCAAAAAAACCACUAGAAGAAGAACCAACUCCAGCAGGAAGACUCGGAGUUACGUGCUAAAAAACAAUGUCCAGCGAAAGUAGCAGUAGUGACAGCAGCAUCUCAAGCGAUGAAAGACACAAGAAGCGAAAGCACAAAAAACAUAACAAGGAUGUGGACAAGUCCAAAAAGAAGUCAAAAAAGCACAAAAAAGAAAAGCGCCGACACAAGGAGAAAAAGCGUAGCAGGCAUGAGAAGGAACAAACAGCAUUUCAACCCCAACCUUCUGUUUUGGUAAAUCUUCCCCCACCUGAUUUGGCUUCAAACAGUGAGGAUGCAUUCGGUCCUGCCCUUCCACCGCACUUAAGAAAGUCUAGUCAGCCGGAAAUGCCAGUAGAAGGUAAUCCUCAGAAAGAGCUGGGACCGCAACCCAAGGCCAUGAUUGGUCCCAUUCUACCUAGCAAUUUGACCAUGGAUAAGUCUCCCAAUAAAAACGAUGAAGCUGAUAGUGAUGAUGAUCUAGCUGGUACUUUUGGGCCCCUACCUAACGCCAGCCAAGUGGCACUGGAGGAGCGUGCUCUUGCACUCAAAUUGGCCGCUUUAGAGGGUGGAGGAUUGGGUACUUCCACAGACCAAGAAGUGCGAGAAGAGUGGAUGCUGGAACUGCCAGAUGUGGGAUUAAAGAGCGGUCUUGCCGCUCUAAGCAAUAUGAAGCGCACAUUCUACCAAGGAAAGGAGCGACCAGACUUCAGCGAUCGUUCCUCCUGGACGAAGACACCUCAGAGUGAAGCGGCUGCAGCUGCAUCCGGUCCAAAAGCAUUUAGUUCCAAGGAGCUGGAGCAGAUGGCUCAGGCGAAAUACGAGCAGCAGCGCGAUGAUGAACAGGAGAGCAUGGCCAAAAAGCACAAAAAGAAGCACAAGAGGGAAGAAUCUUUAGUUGAUCUGCAUCAAAAAAAGUUAAGAAAAGAACAAAGAGAAAAGGAAAAGGAACUUGCGGCUUCGGGAUCCAAGCCAGAGCGAAGACCAUUUAGUAGGGACGUGGACUUAAAGCUCAACAAGAUCGACAAGAAUCAAACCAAGCAGAUUGUCGACAAGGCCAAAAUACUUAACACGAAGUUCUCCAGGGGACAGGCUAAGUACCUGUAACAAGAAUUUAUUUUUUUAUUUAGGCAAAAGAAAAAAGGGAAUAAAAUAUACACACGUAUUGUAGUUUUAUUGGCUCUGCA